AUGCCUAUGCUCAAAGAGCCCUGGAAGAAGUACCAUCCCUUCAAGCCAUUGAACCUGCCGGACAGGACAUGGCCUAACAAGACCAUCGAGAAGCCACCACGCUGGCUGUCGACCGACCUCAGAGAUGGUAACCAGAGUUUAGUAGAUCCCAUGGAUGGCGCGCAAAAAUGGGACUACUUCAAUAUGCUAGUCAAGCUCGGCUACAAGGAAAUCGAAGUCUCCUUCCCCUCCGCGUCGCAAACCGACUUCGACUUCACGCAACGCCUAAUCCAAACACCCGGCAUAGUACCUGACGAUGUCUGGAUCCAGGUCCUCUCGCCAUGCCGGAAAGAGCUCAUCCGCCGCACCGUCGACUCCCUCAAGGGCGCGCGCAAGGCCAUCCUCCAUCUGUACCUCGCGACCAGCCCGUGUUUCCAGCAGAUCGUCUUCAACAUGAACGACGAUGAGACAAUCGCCCUCGCAGUCGAAUGCACAAAGUACGCGCGCUCGAUAACCAAGGACGACCCUGCGCAAGCCGGCACAGAGUGGGCAUACGAGUUCUCGCCCGAGACUUUCUCAGAUUCGUCUCCAGAGUUCGUCAUCAAGGUCUGCGAGGCUGUCAAGGCAGCGUGGGAACCAAGUGUAGAGAACCCGCUGAUCUUCAACCUGCCAGCCACCGUGGAAAUGUCGACACCCAACGUCUACGCCGAUCAGAUCGAGUACUUCUGCAAGAACAUCUCCGAGAGGGAGAAGAUCUGCGUCUCUCUACACCCACACAACGACCGAGGAUGCGCAGUAGCGGCGGCAGAACUGGCACAAAUGGCGGGUGCAGACCGAGUAGAAGGCACGCUCUUCGGCAACGGAGAGCGCACAGGAAACGUUGACCUCGUCACCCUGGGCCUCAACCUGUACACCCAGGGCAUACAUCCAAAGAUCGACUUCUCUGAUCUGAAGUCAAUUAUCGAUAUGGUGGAGAGCUGCAACAAGAUCCCGAUACAUCCGCGCGCACCAUACGGAGGCCAGCUUGUUGUAUGCGCCUUCAGCGGCUCACAUCAAGACGCAAUCAAGAAGGGAUUCCAGAUGCGCAAGAAGAACGGCGCGGACAACGAGAGCCGGUGGCAGAUCCCAUACCUUCCCCUCGACCCCCAAGACAUCGGCCGCACGUACGAAGCCAUCAUCCGCGUCAACUCACAAAGUGGAAAGGGAGGAAUCGCCUGGAUCAUCCAGCGCCAGCUCGAACUCGACCUGCCUCGUGGUCUGCAAAUCGCCUUCUCCAAGAUUGUGCAGAAGGAGACCGACAUGCUCGGCCGCGAACUCCUGCCAACCGAGAUCACGAACCUCUUCGAAGAAGCCUACCAUCUCAAACGCAACCCUCGCUUCUCCCUUGUCGAUUACGAAAUCAAGGCCGACCGAUCAGAGACACCUCUGCCACCGCAAGACGGCCGAACAGUCAGCAGCCGCAACCUGCGCCGUAUCUUCAACGGUGUCAUUGAGAUUGACGGCCAGGAACACAAGAUCCAGGGUUCGGGCACCGGUGCGCUGUCAUCGCUGGCCGAUGCACUGAGGAGUCUGGGUAUCGACCUGGACGUUGUAGACUACAACGAGCACACGAUUGGUACAAGCAAAGACGCAAAGGCCGCGACCUACAUUGGUUGCACAGCCGCGCAGAGCAGUCAGAAGGUCUGGGGUGUUGGUAUCCACCAGGAUGUGGUUCAAGCGUCUCUCAUCGCUAUGUUGAGCGCAGCUUCUUCAUUCCUAUCAUCGAGACCUACCACACCCAUUCCUUUCCGCCCCAAGCGAUCGAACACCCUCGAGAUCCCCAGCCCAGACUCAAGUCCUACACGAAACGGCAAACAAAAUGGAAGCACAAUAGUGGAUAAGCUGGAGGCUGCCGUUAACGGCAGUCAGGCGGACGUCAAGAGUGCGGGGGUGUAG